AUGUCCAAAGCGGGUUUUGCCUCGCAGUGGAACAUUUUCGGUAAAGAAAUUUACAAGACUAGUGCGAAAUCACGUGACUCGAGCGCCGACGCUGGCGAUGACGUGGAGGCAGGCGAUCAGUUCGUUACGGAGCUGGACCAGGGCUCCAAACAAUUGGGCAUAGUUUCGUGCAUUGGGUUGAUCUGUAAUAGAAUGCUGGGGACCGGUGUUUUUGCCGUGUCCUCGACGGUGUACACUUUGUGCGGUUCGAUCGGACUGUCGCUAAUUAUUUGGGCGGUUGGCGCGAUUAUUGCGAUUUUGGGUCUUUACGUUUACAUGGAAUUCGGAACUGCGAUUCCCCGAAAUGGUGGGGAGAAGAACUAUUUGGAAUUUGUGUUCAAGAAACCCAAGUUUUUUGUCACUUCGAUGUAUGCCGCUUACAUAUUCUUUUUGGGAUGGGCAGCAGGUAACUCGGUGAACACCGCAGUGAUGUUUUUGACUGCGGCAAAAGCUGAGGUGACCGAAUGGAACCAGCGCGGAAUCGGAGUCGCGGUUGUUGGGUUUUGUUUUCUGGUGAACUCGAUCAACGUUAAGACCGGUCUGUACAUCCAAAACGUGCUUGGAAUCUUCAAAAUCGUGAUUGUAAUUUUCAUUUCCGUGACCGGAUGGGUUGCGCUUGGAGGUGGGCUCAAAAACGGGUACAAGACCAACAAUUUCCACAAUUCAUUCGAGGGGACUAAAGAUGCGACUGCUUACGGGAUUGUCAACGCACUGUACAAUGUGAUUUGGUCCUUUGUCGGCUACAGUAACGUGAACUACGCCCUGGGUGAAGUGAAAAACCCGGUGAGAAGUUUGAAGAUCGCGGGCCCCACGUCGAUGAUUUUCUUGGCGAUCAUCUACAUUUUCGUGAACGUUGCGUACUUUGCAGUGGUGCCCAAGGAGACGCUUGUGUCGUCGAAGCUCGUGCUGGCCGCGGACUUCUUUGACAUCGUAUUCGGCAGUCGCGGUAAAACCGCGGCCGCCGUCAUUGUGGGCCUGAGUGCGCUGGGGAACGUGAUGUCGGUGAUUUUCUCGCAGGGUCGUAUCAUCCAGCAACUGGGCCGCGAGGGCGUGCUGCCGUUUUCCGAUUUUUUCGCGUCGUCGAAGCCGUUCAACUCGCCUGCGGUCGGGCUGUUCCAGCAUUUCGUCGUGUGUCUGGUGACGAUCAUUGCGCCGCCCCCGGGAGACGCGUACAACUUCAUCUUGAACCUGAUCUCGUAUCCGAUGAACAUCAUCAAUCUGUUCGUGAGCUGCGGGCUGCUGUGGAUCUACUGGCAGCGCCGCCAGGGCAAGCUGACCUGGAACCCACCCAUCAAGGCCGGCGUCGUGGUGACGUCUCUGUUUGCGCUUGCGAACCUGUACUUGGUUGUCGCUCCGUACGUGCCUCCAACCGGCGGACAGUCCGUGUACCACUCGUUGCCGUACUGGAUCCACUGUGUGGUCAGUUGGGGUAUAUUUGCGCUCGGAGGCGUUUACUACCUGGUAUGGGCGCAACUACUGCCCCGCAUCGGACACUACGACUUGGUCGACGUCGACGUUCUGGGCGACGACGGCUUCUGGCGUAAGAAGAUCACCAAGGUGCCGCGCCGCGCUAGCGGCGACGGCACCGACGCGUCGUCCAACGACGCAGAAGUGCGGAGAGAGGUGGUCUCGGUCCGGGACACCAAGAGCUCGAACGUGAAGUCAGACGCGGAGACUAUAAUAUUGAGAGAGUAG